ACUCACUGAUGUGAUCGGGCCUUGGGAUUCUUGCCGCCCAUUCCACGCGUCAGCAAGAGUUGAUUUUCCCUUCCUAGCAAAAAUCUGUUCUCUUUUUUAUCACGCGAGAAUUUGCUGAUGAAAAAACUCCACUCUUUUUUAUCUGUAAAAUAAGCAUCGCUACUUUCUAGACACUCGAUAGGCUCCAAAGAUUUGAAAUCUCUCCAUAUGUUCCUUCCUGUGACUGCAUCUCUCUCUCCCAACCUUCAGUUCUCUCUCAAAUAAGAGCAAAAUGGCGUCUUUUCGUCUCUUUUCCUGUUCCUCUUCUUCUCUUUAUACUGACUAUGAUGAAUCCUCCUCUUCAUCCCUCCACAUUCUGAAGCUGAGGCCUAGAUUCUUCCUUCUUCCGUGUUUCGAAGGAUCUCGGUUUUCAUCUCAUGUACUCAGCAGGAGAUUGUAUCCUGUCGUUUGUCGUGGUAGUGUUUCAGAAAGAGAAGCAAAGAUGGCUCCAGUAGACCGUAAAAAAGGAAAGGUAGCAAUUCGCAUUAGAUUAGACCAUCAAGUCAAAUUUGGUGAACACAUUGCAAUCACAGGUUCUUCCAAAGAGUUGGGUUCUUGGAAGAAAAAUGUGGACAUGUCAUGGACAGAGGACGGAUGGGUUGCAGAUUUGAAGCUCAAAGGUGGUGAGAAUGUUGAAUAUAAGUUUGUCAUUUUGGCCAAAGAAAAAACCACUAUAUGGGAGGAGGGUGAUAACCGAGCUUUGAAGCUACCAAAGGAGGGGAAAUUCGAGAUGGUUUGCCAUUGGAACCAGACCAGAGAGGCUGUUAACCUGCCAGCAUUUGAAGAUGAAGUUGAGGUUGGAUCAGAAGAAGUUGCAGUGGUGGAUGAUAAUAGUAAUAGUUCUCCAUUAUUGGUUGAAGUGCAGGAGCCUAGUGCAUUUGUUCAAGGGUGGCAAGGAAAGGUUGUCUCCUUCAUGAAAUCAAACAAACAUGGUGAGACAGAAAGUGCUAGGAGAUGGAAUACUGAAAGUCUUGAAGGCCCAGCACUGAAACUAGUCAAAGGUGACCAGAAUGCCAGGAACUGGUGGCGCAAGCUGGAAGUUGUGCGGGAGCUAUUAACUCAGAAUACUGAAGAAGAAAGCCGCUUGGAGUCCCUCAUUUAUUCUGCUAUCUACCUAAAGUUGAUCAACACAGGGCAGAUUCCCUGUUUUGAAGAUGGAGGUCAUCAUAGGCCAAACAGACAUGCUGAAAUUUCCAGGCUUAUUUUCUGUGAUCUGGAGAGGAUUUCCUAUUCAAAAAAUACAUUACCUGAGGAAAUACUCAUCAUUCGCAAAAUUCAUCCAUGCUUACCAUCAUUCAAGUCAGAAUUCACAGCAUCAGUUCCUUUGACGCGUAUAAGAGAUAUUGCUCAUCGAAAUGACAUUCCUCAUGAUCUCAAGCAAGAAAUCAAGCACACCAUACAAAACAAGCUCCACCGGAAUGCUGGGCCUGAAGAUUUGAUUGCUACAGAAGCCAUGCUUUCUAGAAUCACCAAGAAUCCUGGAGAAUACAGUGAAGCUUUUGUAGAACAGUUCAAGAUAUUCCAUGGUGAACUAAAAGAUUUCUUCAAUGCUGGAAGCCUAACUGAACAACUUGAGUCCAUCAAGCCAUCUUUGGAUGGGGAGAGCGUACAAGCCCUCUCCUAUUUUUUGGAGUGCAAGGAGAACUUGGACAAGCUAGAAGAAGUUAAUCAUUCCUUGGAAAGUGAUGCAAUGGACAUACUUAUGAAAACCUUGCAUUCUUUAACGGGCUUAAGAGCAGAAAUUCUGAAAGGUUUGGAAAGUGGUCUUAGAAAUGAUGCAUCUGAUGCUGCAAUAGCAAUGCGCCAAAAGUGGCGACUUAGUGAGAUUGGCCUGGAGGACUUCUCUUUCGUCCUUUUAAGCAGAUUCCUCAAUGCUAUUGAGACUAUUGGUGGUUCAUCUUGGCUUUCCCAAAAUGCAACUUCAAAAAAUGUAGGUUAUUGGAACCAUCCCCUUGCUGCCCUUAUCAUUGGAAUUCGGCAAAUGGGGCUUUCUGGGUGGCAGCCGAAGGAAUAUAUGGCAAUUGAAAAUGAGCUACUUGCUUGGAAGGAGAAGGGUCUUCCUGAAGAAGAUGAGAAGGAGGACAGUAAGUCCAUUUGGGGUUUGAGACUCAAGGCUACUCUGGACAGAGCUAGGAGGCUUACUGAGUCAUAUUCUGAAUUACUUCUUCACAUUUUUCCUGAUAAAGUCCAGAAGUUAGGAAAUUUCUUGGGCAUUCCCGAGAAUACUGUGAGAACAUACACUGAGGCUGAAAUCCGAGCAGGUGUUGUUUUUCAGGUGUCGAAAGUCGGCACCCUUCUUUUGAAAGCACUAAGGACUACAUUAGGAUCACAAGGUUGGGAUAUAUUGGUUAACGGGAUGGCAGUUGGAACCCUUCGAGAGGUUGAAAGUAUAAUUCCUGGUUCUCUACCAUCAUCCACGGAGCCUGUCAUUCUACUUGUAAACAGAGCUGAUGGUGAUGAAGAGGUGAAGGCUGCUGGAAGCAACAUUGCAGGGGUGGUGCUUUUGCAGGAACUCCCUCACCUAUCUCAUUUAGGUGUUAGGGCUCGGCAAGAAAAAGUUGUCUUUGUUACAUGUGAAGAUGAAGAAAGAAUUGCUGAUAUCCGAAGACUCGUUGGACAUUCUGUGAGGUUGGAAGCAUCUUCAAAUGGUGUUAAUUUAUACGCUUCCUCUUCUAAUGACGACAAAGGGGCUAAUACAAUAAAUAGCCAUAUCAUUCAAACUUCUGUGCGAGGGAAGGUUUCUCCUACCUGGUCCUCAAGCAAGCUUCCUGAAACAAAUAAGGUUUUGGAGCUUACAGAUGCAGAUGUGCACAAGGCUGGUGCUAAGGCAGCUGCCUGCGGUCAACUCGCUUCGCUUGCUGAACUUUCUACCAAAGUCUACAGUGACCACGACAUCCCUGCGUCCUUCCGAGUUCCAGCCGGAGUUGCAAUACCCUUCAGCUCCAUGGAAGCAGCCCUCAAGGCAAGUGGCUCCCUCCCAGUUUUCCGCUCCCUCCAUGAAAGCCUCGAGACUGCCGUGAUUGAGGGCGGCCACCUCGACAAACUAUGUGCUGAUCUCCGCUCCCUUAUAUCCUCCCAAUGCCCUUCCAAACCAAUACUUGUCACCAUCGCUGAGCGCUUAGGCAAGAUGCCAAUGCUCAUAGUGCGCUCAAGUGCCAAUGUCGAGGAUCUUGCAGGCAUGUCGGCAGCUGGCCUCUAUGACUCCAUCCCCAAUGUGGGGCCUACCCCAGAGGCUCUCGGGCCUGCUGUAGCAUCAGUGUGGGCUUCUUUGUACACAAGGAGGGCUGUCCUAAGUAGGAGAGCCGCCGGCGUUCCCCAACAUGAGGCCGCCAUGGGGGUUUUGGUGCAAGAGAUGCUAAUGCCAGAUGUCUCUUUUGUGCUCCACACGGUUAGUCCAUUUGACGGUGAUCCUUCAUGUGUCCAUGCUGAGCUGGCACCUGGGCUCGGGGAGACCCUUGCUUCUGGCACACGUGGCACCCCUUGGAGGCUCGCUUCUGGCAAAUUGGAGCAGAAUGUGAGGACACUGGCAUUUGCCAACUUCAGCGAGGAGCUAGUAGUGGACAAAGGUGGGGUGGUGAGACGAACAGUGGAUUAUAGUAGGCAGUCUCUGACCGUGGACGGGUUGACGAGAUUGCGGCUAGGACAGAGGCUGGGUGCAGUGGGGUUCUUCCUGGAGCGCAAGUUUGGGUGCCCACAGGACAUUGAGGGGUGUGUGGUUGGUGGGGAUAUUUAUAUAGUGCAGUCUCGCCCGCAGCCUGUGUAGGCUCUACGUACCAUACUUCUUUGCCAUUGUAUUUGAGUCUCUUCCGAAUUCCAAAAUACAGGGGAUGUCGUAUCCUUCUCGUCUUUUCUAUGUUUGUUGUUAAAUUAUUUUUUUGUCCACCUGUUUUUCUAUGAUUAUGUUCGUGCAUGUUCUUGGAAAAGUUCUCAUUAGUUGUAUCUUGUGAAAUUACUGUGGAUGUUUUAAUAUAUGCUAAUGCUCAAUAAGCUCUUUCCUUUUCAUCUC